AUGGAGAACCAAGUAGAAGUUCAAGAGGGAAUGAAAGCCGACAUCCAACAGCUGAAGGAACAAAUGAGUCAAGUCCUAGAGACCCUGGAUGCCUUACAAAGUCCUGGAUGUUUAUGCACGCAACGAUCACAACAAGGAGUUCUAGAAGCACAAACUUUCCUUUCCUAUGGUCUUCCCCCGAAUUAUACUCUACCCUCAGGAGUGGACUCGAGACAUCUUGACACUCAAAAGGCCGAAGGUAAUGCAGUUGAAGUAGAAGGCGAGCUUGGGGCGACCACUUGCACAAUUCUGGGGCAAACGAUCCAACCAGGUAUUGAGAGCACGAUAAUGAAAAAACAACCUGAGACGAAGUCUCCAUCUUGUGUCAUUACACCAGCAAAUUUUAAGGACGAUAAGAGCAGAUUAGAAGUCCUUGAGAAGAGGUUGAGAGCCAUAGAGGGUGAAGGAAGUUUUGAAUUUGGAGAUGCUAAAAAACUAUGUUUAGUUCCUGAUGUGGUGAUACCUCCAAAGUUCAGGCUGCCAGAGUUCGAGAAAUAUCGGGGAAAUACUUGCCCGAGGGGCCAUAUAAGCAUGUACUGCAGGAAAAUGACAGCUUAUGCCCACGAUGAAAAACUUUUGAUUCAUUUCUUCCAAGAAAGUUUAACUAACGAGGCUCUAACUUGGUACAUGCGCUUAGAAACUACUCACAUCUACUCAUGGAAAGAUCUGGUUGAGGCAUUCCUAAGGCAGUAUGGAUAUAAUAAAGAUUUGACACCUGAUAGAGCACAACUGAAGAACACGGUGAAGAAAGAGUCUGAAUCAUUCAGAGAAUAUGCCCAAAGGUGGAGAGAAAUUGCUUCUCAAGUAGAACCGCCUCUAAGCGACAAGGAGAUGACUACCACAUUUUUGAAUACUCUACAACCACCAUUUUAUGAGCACAUGUUAAGCAUCUCAGUCUCCUCAAGUUUUGCUGACAUAGUAGUAAUUGGAGAGAGGGUUGAGAGUGGCAUAAGAAAUGGAAAAAUUGCACUAGGCCCAGAGCUAGUAGCAAGUUUAAACGAGUAUGAUCCUAGACGUGAGAAAGGAAAAGAACGAAGAGCUAAUUCACAUUUUAUUGCCUGUCCUUAA